AUGGCUGAGAAAAUGAUGGCUGAAAAUAAUAUAGAUGAGAAUAUGAUUGACCUGGAUAAUGAUGAUCUCCUUGGAGAGACGCCUGACCUUGUUGAUGCAGAAAAAAUUGAGGCCAUUUCUCAGCUCUCUCCAGCAAAUGCUGUGUCAACGAAAGCAGCAUCUACGAACAAGCAAAUGAAACGUGCAAAGACAGCCACUUACAUUCAAGAAGAGGCGCUAGCAUCAGGGUCGGGUGUCUACGUCCCAAAAGGCCUACUGAAGAAGAAGGCCCCCCGAUCUCCUGAUAUAAAAGGAGCGAGGGCAUCCAAGAAACUCCAAGGCCUCGGUGGCCGUGCUUCCCCAAAGAAGAAGACUACACUGGGUAAACGCCCAUCAUCUUUUUCGUCUAAGGUCCCUCGCAUUGAGGUGUUUCCUUCUGCUUCACGCAAGAAAUAUGUGUCCCUUUCAGGUUCGGUGGUGUCCCAGAAACCACCCAAAUACCGAGAAAAUGUAUGGGAACGCCUAACCCGAAUGAGCUUAACGAGGUCUGGGCCUUGGCUGAUGCUAGGAGACUUUAAUGAGAUCACCAGCAACUUAGAGAAAAAAGGGGGUAGAAAACGCCCAGACUCAUCCUUCCUCCCUUUUAAAUGUAUGCUCGACAACUGUGGGAUGAUCGAGUUUCCCUACAAAGGCAAUUCCCUAUCUUGGGUGGGUAAUAGAGCUUCAGGCAAAGUGCAAUGUAGGCUGGAUCGCGCAGUAGGAAACGAAGAUUGGCAUCACUGCUUCUCCAACACGAAUGUGGAGUAUCUGCGACUUUGGGGUAGUGAUCAUAGACCUAUUCUCACCCGAUUCCUCUCUCGCAAAAAGCUUGGCAUGAGAAAUUUUAAAUUCGACAAGAGAUGGAUCGGUAAGAAUGGUUUCCGCGACACUAUAGAGGACAUAAAGGACCUGCUCGAACAAGCCCAGACAGAGGACGAUUUCUCCCAUGAAGUAAUCCUUCGCCUCAAGUGGAGUCUUUGCGAGGCUUUUAGAGACGAGGAGCUGUAUUGGAAACAAAAAAGCCGGGCAACUUGGUUAAGAGAAGGUGACCAGAAUACAAAGUUCUUCCAUGCAACCACCAAGCAGCGGAGAGCCAGAAACAGAGUAACAAAGCUACGCAAGGCAAGCGGUUUAUGGGCAGAGACAGAAGAGGAAAUAGAAGCAGAGGCAACGGGAUACUUCCAGACCCUCUUUACAACGUCUUCUCCCUCGGACUUUGCAGAAUCCCUCAAAUACAUCACCGAGAAAGUCACCCCGGCUAUGAACGAAGCUUUAACAAAACCUCCAUCAAAUGAUGAGAUUCGUCAGGCAGCUUUCGAUAUAAACCCAGAAAAAGCUCCUGGUCCCGACGGCAUGACAGGUCUUUUCUUUCAAAGGUAUUGGGGAAUCACAGCAGAAGUGAUGCAGCAAACGGUUAAGGACUUUUUUCAGUUCAACGUCCUUGACCCUCGACUAAACCAGACGAACAUCUGCCUAAUCCCAAAAACAGAGCGCCCCGUAGAAAUGACGAACUUCCGGCCUAUAAGUCUUUGCAAUGUAAGCUAUAAGAUCAUCUCAAACAUCUUGAGUAAAAGACUUAAGCGCUGCCUGCCCAGGUUAAUAUCUGAGACUCAAUCAGCCUUUGUGGCUAGACGAUUAAUCACGGAUAACAUUCUUGUAGCACAUGAGGUCUUUCACGCUUUGAGAACCAAUCCAAGUUGUAAAGCUAAGUUUGUUGCCAUAAAAACCGAUAUGAGCAAGGCCUUCGAUAGAGUCGAAUGGUCAUUCCUGGAAGCACGUCUAUUGAAACUCGGUUUCUCACCCAAAUGGGUAGCAUGGAUAAAGGUCUGCAUCUCCUCGGUAUCCUAUCAAGUACUCCUCAACGGAGAACCAAAAGGCCAUAUCUCUCCAUCGAGAGGCAUCAGACAGGGUGACCCACUCUCCCCUUUCCUCUUCAUUUUGCUUACGGAAGCUCUAAUCUCCCAAAUCCAGGGGGCUGAGAGGGAAGGCCGGAUCACUGGCCUAAAGAUUGCACGAAACAGUCCACCUGUCUCCCACCUCCUAUUUGCGGAUGAUAGCCUUUUCUUCUGUCGAGCAGAAGUCGCGCAAUGCACAGAGCUCAUGCAGAUUAUUAAUACAUAUGGUUGCUCUUCGGGACAGCAACUAAAUGUAGAGAAGUCGUCCAUCCUCUUUGGUAAUAAAGUUCCACCAGACCUCAAAAAGGAGAUAAAACAAGCACUGGAAAUUACAAAAGAAGGUGGAAUGGGAGUAUACCUGGGUUUACUCGAGAAAAUAUGUGGCAGUAAGAAACAAGCUUUUGCUUUUAUUCAAGAGAGACUACAGAAUCGUAUAAACUCAUGGUCCGCAAAACUUCUGUCCAAAGGUGGCAAGGAGGUCCUGCUUAAGUCAGUAGCACAGGCUCUUCCAACAUACGUUAUGUCUUGCUUCCUGCUCCCACAGGACAUCAUCCGAAAACUCACUAGCGCGAUAUCCCGUUUCUGGUGGAGCACCAAAGAUAACAACCGUGGCCUUCGCUGGAUUGCAUGGGCAAAAAUCUGCACACCAAAGGAUCAAGGCGGACUGGGGUUUAGAGAUUUUAAAAAUUUUAAUCUCGCACUGCUUGCGAAGCAACUCUGGAGACUUAUCCAGUACCCAAACUCUCUUUUGGCCCGUGUACUAAAAGGCAGAUAUUUUCGGAACUCAAACCCGAUGGAUGUCACCAAAGCGAGCACCCCAUCGUAUGUAUGGAGAAGCCUCAUGGCGGCCCAACCUCUCCUAAAGGCUGGCUUGCGAAAAACAAUUGGAACGGGACAGACAACCCUUGUUUGGGUGGACCCAUGGAUCCCGACGUCCCCAGCCCGUCCCGCGAUUCCCUGCGGCUCCUCUUUUAACCCGUCCCUACGUGUUAGCGAUUUGUGCGACGUGACCACAAAGGAAUGGAACGAUGAACUCCUUCAAGAGCUGAUCGCCCCUAAUGACAUCCCUCUUAUCCGCAGCCUCAAGUUGAUGAGCUCCUCUCGCAACAUUGGUUACUGUUGGAACCUCACGGCAACUGGCGUAUACUCGGUAAAAACUGGAUACGCACUGGCUAUGGAAUUAUCAGAGCCCCCAAACUCACAGCAGGUGCAUGAGCCUAGCAUCAAAGCGCUUCAAGCUAAAGUAUGGAAGAUCAAGACUUCUAAAAAUAUUCAGCACUUCAUCUGGCAAUCUAUCUCAAGCUACCUCCCGGUAAGCAACUCGCUCGUGGAACGCCACUGUGGUACCGAUCGACACUGCCCUCGCUGUGGAUCAGAAGAAGAAACGCCCAAUCAUCUGCUCUUCGAGUGUCCACCAUCGAUCCAAACUUGGGCUCUAGCGGAUAUUCCGCACUCUCCGGGGAUAUUCCCGUGUAGCUCGAUUUAUAGUAAUCUGAAUCAUGUCAUAUGGCGCACAAACAUCUAUGCAAUUUCAGACUCUAUUAGCGCAAAAAUACCUUGGCUAUUAUGGUACAUAUGGAAAGCCCGCAACGACAAGGCCUUCAAUGGUAAGGAUGUCUCCCCCCUGGAGACUGUCCAACUUGCACAAGCGGAGGCGGAGAGCUGUAACCGAGUCCUCACCCCCCUACAUGCAGAGUUCCAAACUCUUCUGUGGGCUAUGAAAUCUUCUAUCCAGUUGGAUCAUUGCACAAUGAACUUCAAGACAGACUGCCUUCAGCUAGUCAAGUUACUUGAAGAAGACGAAGAAGACAACUGGCCAUCUAUGUUGGCCGAAUUUGAUGAGUUCCACCUCAUUCGUUCUAUGUUUACGUUUUUCUCUAUAUCUUUUAUUCCCCGUUCUCUUAACUUCCGAGCUGACCGUCUUGCAAAAGAAGCUCGGUCUCGAGGAUUCUCUUUUUCCCAUGUAAACUCUCAGCUACCAAGCUGGAUGGCUUCUGAGGCCAUCCUCUCGGAAGCAUAG